AUGCUCGCUAAAUGUCAUCAAGCGGUCGGUCGUGAAUCGCGACAAGGUCUGCUUUGCGCCAAAUUGAGAGAAGCUAAACUCUGUCCAGCAAUUAUCACAUCAAGCGUUACAGCUAUCGUAUGCGUCACGUUACUAAAUCGAAUGAAAGGCGACCAAGUGGUAAUCGACCACGAUCAGUACAUCGAAUUCGAGGAGCGGCCAUUCCGGCUUGUCACAGCUCUUAUCAAGAAACAGCUCGGAUAUGCUUGA